CUACCUGUCUCGCAUAACUCUCCACUAACCUCCUCGCUCACGCUCUCUUCACAAGAGAGAAGUAAAGAAUGUUGCUCAAUCCAACCUUCUCCGAAUCGCUCUCGGAUUGACUCCGCCCUCAAAAAUCUCGCGACUGACACGUUUGACAUUCUCUCAGAAAAAAAAAAAAACUCCGCUUUUGUGGUCGAGGUCGUCAGAAACCUCUCGGGUUUCCUCGCUUUUCCCAGAGCUGCGAGGAGUUGUCGCCUCUCGAGUGUCGACUAUGCUGGACCCGUCCUCCAGCGAUGAAUCUGAGGGCGAACUACCACCUGAGGACGAACCGCCCGUUAAAACCGGGAAACCUGUUAAAAAGAGUCCCAAACCUGAAAAGACAUCGGACGCACCGCGAACCCAAACCAAGGAACCGGUACCUUCUCCCGCCGAUGCGGACAAAACCGAGCAGGAGAGACUUAAGAAAGAAGAAGCGGAGAGGAAAAUUAAACUACAAAUGUAUGUGUUUGUGUUGAGAUGUAUCGCGUAUCCGUUUAACGCCAAACAGCCCACAGAUAUGGCUCGCCGCCAGCAGAAGCUGAACAAGCAGCAGUUGCAGGUGGUGAAGGAGCGUUUCCAGGCCUUCUUGAAAGGAGAGACGCAGAUCGUCGCAGAUGAGGCUUUCUGCAACGCUGUGCGCAGUUACUAUGAGGGCUUCUUGAAGAGCGAGCGAGUGGCACGCAUGGUACAGAGCGGAGGCUGUUCUGCCAGUGACUUCCGCGAGGUCUUCAAGAAGAACAUCGAGCGUCGUGUGCGCAGCCUGCCCGAGAUCGACGGCCUGAGCAAAGAGACUGUCCUCAGCUCCUGGAUCACUAAAUACGACGCCAUCUACAAAGGAGAAGAGGACCAGCGGCGGCCGCAGGGACGCAUGCCCUUCAGCGCUGUAUCCGAACUCAUCCUCAGCAAAGAACAGCUGUAUGAGAUGUUCCAGCAGAUCCUGGGAAUCAAGAAGUUUGAACAUCAGCUGCUCUACAAUGCCCUGCAG